CUGAGGAGAAACUUGGUUCCCAUUCAAUAGAAUUUUAGGUGGGCGAUGACUUUCAUCGUUAGAUGAGGAACUGAGUCACAGUUAGCUGUAGUUGGCAAUCGAGGCGUAGACAUGUGUGGAAUUUUUGCCUAUCUGAACUACCAUGUGCCACGGACUCGCCGGGAGAUCCUGGAGAUCCUCCUCAAAGGCCUGCUCCGUCUGGAGUACCGUGGCUACGACUCUGCCGGUGUUGGAAUUGAUGGCGGGAACGGCAAGGAAUGGGAGGCCAAUGCCCGGUCUAUUCAGCUGAUCAAGCAGAGCGGAAAAGUGAAGGCUCUUGACGAUGAGAUCACCAAGCAGCAGGACAUGGACAUGGAUGUGGAGUUUGAUGUCCACCUUGGCAUCGCCCACACUCGCUGGGCUACCCAUGGUGCCCCCAGCCCUGUCAACAGCCAUCCACAAAGGUCUGACAAGAGCAACGAGUUCAUUGUCAUUCAUAAUGGAAUUAUCACAAACUACAAAGACCUGCGGAAAUUCCUGGAGAGCAAGGGUUAUGAGUUUGAGUCUGAGACGGACACAGAGACCAUUGCCAAGCUGGUGAAGUACAUGUAUGACAACCGUGAGAGUGAAGACCUCAGCUUUGCUACUCUGGUGGAGAGAGUGACCCAGCAGCUGGAGGGAGCUUUUGUCCUAGUCUUCAAGAGUGUCCAUUACCCUGGGGAGGCAGUAGGCACUCGGAGAGGAGGUCCUCUGCUUAUUGGGGUGAAAAGUGACCACAAGCUGUCCACAGAUCACAUUCCUAUCCUGUAUCGAUCAUCCGGUAAAGACAAGAAGGGCUGCCCCACCCUGCCCAGGAUGGAGCAGGACACCUGCCACACACUCUUCGCUGAGGACAAGAAGUCUGUGGAGUACUACUUUGCCUCUGAUGCCAGCGCGGUGAUUGAGCACACCAAUCGGGUGAUCUUCCUGGAGGAUGAUGACGUGGCAGCGGUGACGAAUGGACGACUCACCAUCCACCGCAUCAAGCGUACAGCCGGAGACCACCCUGCCCGCGCCAUCCAGACCCUGCAGAUGGAGCUGCAGCAGAUCAUGAAGGGUAACUACAGCUCCUUUAUGCAGAAGGAGAUCUUUGAACAGCCAGAGUCUGUGGUUAACACCAUGAGAGGAAGGGUCAACUUUGAUGACAACACGGUAAUCCUGGGUGGACUGAAGGAUCAUAUUAAAGAGAUCCAAAGGUGUCGACGGCUCAUCCUAAUCGCCUGCGGCACCAGUUACCAUGCUGGGGUGGCGACUCGCCAGGUACUGGAGGAGCUGACUGAGCUGCCUGUUAUGGUGGAGCUGGCCAGCGACUUCCUGGAUAGAAACACACCAGUGUUCCGUGACGAUGUCUGCUUCUUCAUCAGCCAAUCAGGUGAGACAGCAGACAGCCUGAUGGCCCUGCACUACUGUAAGGAGAGAGGAGCCCUGACGGUGGGCGUCACCAACACAGUGGGCAGCUCCAUCUCCAGAGAGACCGACUGUGGGGUGCACAUCAACGCUGGGCCAGAGAUAGGAGUGGCCAGCACCAAGGCCUACACCAGUCAGUUUGUGGCUCUGAUCAUGUUUGCGCUGUUGAUGUGUGAUGACAGGAUCUCCAUGCAGCCACGGCGACGUGAGAUUAUCCAGGGACUGAGAGUUCUGCCAGACCUGAUCAAGGAAGUGCUGAGUCUGGAUGAUGAGAUCCAGAGACUGGCCGCAGAGCUGUACCAGCAGAAGAGUGUUCUCAUCAUGGGCCGAGGCUACCACUACGCCACCUGCUUGGAGGGAGCACUGAAAAUCAAGGAGAUCACGUACAUGCACUCUGAGGGCAUCCUGGCUGGGGAGCUGAAGCACGGCCCUCUGGCCCUGGUCGACAAACUCAUGCCCGUCAUCAUGAUCAUCAUGCGAGACCACACCUACACCAAGUGUCAGAACGCACUGCAGCAGGUGGUGGCCCGCUCGGGCCGACCCAUCGUGAUCUGUGACAAAGAUGACUAUGAGACUGCCAAGAGUUCGAGCCGCACCAUCAAAGUGCCGCACUGUGUGGACUGUCUGCAGGGCGUUCUGAGUGUCAUCCCCCUGCAGCUGCUCUCCUUCCACCUGGCUGUGCUCAGGGGCUUUGACGUGGAUUUCCCAAGGAACCUGGCCAAAUCUGUGACGGUAGAGUGAAACAUGCCUUUUGAAGCCCCCAAAACCCAUUUCACCUCACAUACAUACAUACAUACAUACAUACAUACAUACAUACAUACAUACAUACAUACAUACAUACAUACAUACAUACAUACACACUACGCAGGAACAGCUGUCACAUGGAUACCAAGAGGAGCAGAGAGAGCACACUUUCCUGUUUUAUAUGUCUUGUCAUAUUUUUCUGCAAUUGUUACUCUUGUACUCUAAGCAUUCUGUAUCUCUGUCACUUUUCUCAAAACACAUGUGAAGGCAUUGUUAUGAAUUGUAUUGUUUUUUUUGUCAAGUGUGGUAAGGUAAGGGUUGGCAGUAAUGUUGGCAUUUAGGAGCUCACAUCGGUUACUGGAGUGCAUGCAGUUAAUGAUCCAACUAAAGGAAAGAUGGAAAAAAUAUCUAUUUUGGAUGAUGCCCAACAGUGCUCAUAACUGAAAUGUGCACAUCUUUUCCAAUGUUGACUACUUGCAGCUGUUUUUUCAGUUAAUUCAGCUGUUUGUUGGCUGAAGUCAAGAGUAUAUAGGAAAGUCUUACUGAAGUUUCUGGUUCUUUUGGUGUUUCAUUGGUGCAAUGAUUUUGUCUAUUGAGAUCAGUUUUCUUUGGCAGCUAGAACAUCUAUAACCGUCAUUUGAAAUGUUUCUGUUACUUUUGUGUAUGUUGAGUGAAGUCUUAAAUCAUUCCGAGUCAUAUUGUAGUCCCGACUCUAAAUCUGAAGUGCUUCCAGGAAGAAAGUCUGUUAAGUCAUGCUUUAGCCUACUGACCUGUGCCAGAGGUUGAGAACUCCCCCGUUGUUUUCCUCGGAAUGCCAUAAUGACAAAUUAUUUUUGACUUGUAACUUGUAAAAGUUUUUGAAUGUUUUAUAGUACAACAAGAAACUUGUAACAUGCUUGCUUGUGUAUACUAUUGUGUAACUUUUUUAGUCAUUGGCUAGGUUACAAAAGCAACUUGCAGUGAUGCACUCCUUGUGGUUUGGCAGACCUCCUAUAGGAGAGUUAACAAACUCUCGCCUAAACCAUGUUGAGCAUCUGAAUGAUUGACUGUCCUGGCAUAAUAAUCAUGCUUUUAAAAUUCUAACAGCUACUGUGUCCGAGUGACAUGAGUUGAAUCAUUUACCCAAUCAUUUGAAAGAUGGCACCGUACAACGUUAGACAUCUACAAUGAAGACUAGUGAAAUAAUGAAAUUAUUACUUAUCUCUCUAAGCCUAUGUUACUGUCAUUGUGACUUGGUGGAAGUGUAGCAAUAUUCAAGAACUCUUCAAUUUCACUGGUCUUGUUGACCUAUUUUCUGCCUUGUUGCUGAGGAGGCUCAAUUUGGGUCUCUGGUCUACAAUAUAACUCUAAAUAGAAGAAAAAGUACCAAGUGAAAUGAAGUUGCUGCUCAGAGUGCUAUUUGCACCAACAUUUUGCCUACCCCAUGCCCUGCCACCAUACCAAUUUUAAUUGCAAUAUUGGGACCAUUUAUUUUUUUAUUUUUUUUCCUUUCUAUUAAUUUGUACGUUUCUCAGUUUGUUUACUUGGUAGAAAGCUUCUUUUUGAUCUGAAUGUGACUGACAUUCGAGAUGUCCCCUGUACCCAAAAAAGGUCACUAUUUUACAAUCGCUUAUGCAGUCAAAAACCAAAAAACCUUUUCUAUGUUAAAUUUGCUUUGAGUAACCAAAGGUAUGGUUUUAGAGAUUAUGUUCGUAGGGGUUUGUGUGUACUGUAAGUGGUCUGUCCAGAAGAGGCCUACAGGGCAAUACAGCAAGCUUGUUAAAAUAUGUAGCUGCUAUUGUAGAUGGAACUCAACAUGUCAGCUGUGUGCUCUCCCAAAUGUCUAAUAAAUUAGUCUUUUUAUAAACCAAGGUUGAAGCAAAGCAUGUAAAAUCACAGAGAAGAAAAAAAUACUUUCUAAAUAAUGGGCCAUUCUAGUUUUUUUUUUUUUUUUUUUUUAACUUUUCAGUUUAAGAUCUUUGUCUUGCUGUUGCAAUCAAGCCUUAAAAUUAGAGUUUUUAGGCAAAUCACCUGAAAAGUGGUCUCUAUUCAGCCUUUGUAUCUGUUUCUUCUUAAUUGUAUUGCAUUUACUGAGCCAGUGUACUGUAUGCGUCCACGUUGACUAAGGACCCUAGCAAAGACCCCGUUUUAAACUGGACAUGGUACUAUUAGAAGUGAUUUAGUAACCCAUGCAAAAUUGCAGGUGUUUGACAGGUUUUUAGACUUGAAGUAUGGACAAGGGAACCGCUUUAGGGUCUUUCUAUAAAUAACAGGGCCAACGUGUGACAUUGGGAUCAAAAUUUCUAAAUGGUUUGAAAUAAAAAGGCUUUUCAUGCAGUUCCACAUGUGUACUUAAAGGAAUAAAAGUGAAUAUAUGCAAAUUGACUCCACUCCUAUACAACAUGGGCCUAGGACUAUACAUCUAUUAAGCAAGGUUCAUACAGAUAUUGGCAUGUCGAAUUCAGGACUUUCAGGGACUUUUUUAAGCACUUAAUUGUAAUUUUCAAAGACCUUUUAUGUUAUACAAAUGUAUAAUUUAUAUAGUGCCUUCAGAAAGUAUUCAAACCCCUUGACCUUUUCCACAUUUUGUGUUACAGCCUGAAUUACAAAAUGGAUUAAAUAGAUUUAUUUCUCACCCAACUAUACACACACACACACUACUCCAUAAUGACAAAUUGAAAAUGAAAUACAGAAAUAUCUCAUUUCCAUAAGUAUUCACACCACGUCAUUAUGGUGUAGAAGCACUUUUGGUAGUGAUUACAGCUGUGAGUUUUCCAUACCCAGAUUGUACAUUUUCCAAUUCUUUAAGCGCUGUGAAAUGUUGAUCUUUGCUAGACAACCAUUUUCAGGUCUUGUCAGAUUUUCAAGUAGAUUUAAGUCAAACUGUAACUUGGCCACUCGGGAACAUUCACUCUCUUCUUGGUAAGCAACUCCAGUGUAGAUUUGGCCUUGUGUUUUUAGGUUAUUUUCCUGCUGAAAGGUGAAUUAAUCUCCCAGUGUCUGGUGAAAAGCAGACAACCAGGUUUUCCUCUAGGAUUUGACCUGUAGUACUUAGCUCCAUUCCACUUCUUUUUUAUAUCCUGAAAAACUCCCCAGUCCUUAACAAAUACCCAUAACCUGAUGCAGCCACCACUAUGAUUGAAAAUAAUGAGUGGUACUCUGUAUUCAGGACAAAAAGUGAAUUGCUUUGCUAAAUAGGUUGCAGUAUUACUCUAGUGCCUUGUUGCAAACAGGAUGCAUGUUUUAGAAUAUUGUUAUGUGUAGGCGUUCUUCUUUUCACUAUCAAUUGGGCUAGUAUUGUGGAAUAACUACAAUGUUGUUGAUCCAGCCUCCUUUUUCUACCAUCAGUCAUAACUGAUAUAAAGUCAAGUGUUUUAUCAUUGCAAUGCCUCACGGUGAAAAGACUGAGCGGUGUCCAUCCUCUCUGGCAACUGAGGUAGGAAACACUCCUUUAUCUUUUUGUAGUGACUGGGUCUAUUGAUACACCAUCCAAAGUGUUAUUAAUAACGCAAAGGGAUAUUCAGUGUCUGCUUUUAUUUUAUUUGUUUACCCAUCUACCAACAGGUGCCCUUCUUUGAGGCAUUGGAAAACCUCCCAGGUCUUUGUGGUUGAAUCAGUGUUUGAAAUUCACUGCUCGACUGGGAGACCAUAAUUGUAUGUGUGUGUGGUACAGAGAUUAGGUAGUCAUUCAAAAAUUGUUAAACACUUAUAGUCCAUGCAACUUAUGACUUGUUAAGCAAAUGUUUACUCCUAAACUGAUUUUAAGCUUGCCAUAACAAAGGGGUUGAGUUCUUAUUGACUCAAGCCAUUUCAGCUUUAGAUUUGUAAACAUUUCUAAAAACAAUUCCACUUUGACAUUAUUGUAUUGUGUGUAGGCCAGUAACCAAAAAAUACAUAUACAUUGAAUCCAUUUAAAGUUCAGGCUGUAACACAACAAAAUGUGGAAAAAGUAAAGUGUGAAUAAUUUCUGAAAGCACUGUAAUUGUACAUAUAGAACACCCCCCCACAACCACACACACACCAAAAAAAGGCUCUUUUUUUUAAAGUGUGGCAAUACAUUGAUAUUCGAAUUAUUAAUAUUAUUACAAUUCUAAAAUGUGAGAAUAAAGAGGACAUUGCCUGACUAAAUAGACUGGAUGCAUGCAUGGUGAUUUUGUAGUUCAAUCCCCUGAUGUCUUAAUGUAAUAACAAACAAUUUUCAGAUCAUUAUCACUGACUUAUUAACAGCUGUAACAAGUUGUCCACUGUAGGAAAUCCUCAGUGGUAUCCUGCUUAAGAGUUUCCCAAACUCGGUCCUGGGCACCCCCUGAGUACACAUUUUGUUUUUUUGCCCUAGCACUAUACAGCUGAUUCAAAUAGUCAAAGCUUGAUGAUAAGUUGGUUAUUUAAAUUUGCUGUGUAGUGCUAGGACAAAAAAAAAUAUGUGCACCCAGUGGGGCCUCAGGACCUAGUUUUGGAACCCUGCCUUAGUUUAUAGAAAGACCCAUUAACAUUCAGGUCCUGCAACAUAUGUUGGAAACUAUUGUGUUAUUGUGGGAGUGAGGUGCUUUUAUGAUCUGAUUUACUAGAACUGAUGUUAUAUUAAAGUAUUUCUCUUUCA